AUGUACGUCUUUGGGAUUUCUGUCCCCCUGACAUGCCUCUUGUGGCACCUCAUAUGUUGUCUUAUAGCCAUCGCGGAAGAUUUGGUGUGGGCACGAGUUCUUUUACCUGACGCCUUCAGAGAACCGUUGCGUGCUGCCCAAUUUUCUUUUAGCGUCAUUGGCGCUGUUAUUUAUGUGGUGGGUGCGGCACCACUAUUUGUGUAUGCAUACAAGUACGGGCUUUCCUACAGCCAGCGCCAGAGACGAUUUUUGUUUGGCAUGGCGUUGGUGUUUUUUACGUGGUCUUUUCCCAUCUUUAUCAUUCAACUAUCGAUGGUGUUGUCCAAGGUGAAAUGGCGCAAUCCCGUCGAUGAUAUUGUCUUUGCUCUGAGCCUGAUAUCAUCUGCCAUUGGUGGGUGCAUCGCGUGGUUUGGCUACAUGCACUUAGUGUCGUACUACAUCCAUCAAUUCCAAGUGGUGGAGCAGCAUAUUGAACAACACGACCGUUUGGCCCCACACCCCAUGCGUCCGGUGCGCUCGGCACCGCGAGAGGACCAGCCUGACACCAUUUAG